AACAAAAACCCCAAAAUCCCAUCAGCUCCCCCGCUUCCCCUCAUCUUCCUUCUCAUUUUCACUUUUUCCCCAUUUGCUCACCUCAUCUCCCACUUUCCUCUCUCUCUAAGCACCCUUUUCUUCCUAACCUCUCUGUCUCCUUUCCCACGAGAUUCUCCAUCAAAAAUAGAUUUUUUUUUAGGGUUUUCUCUGCUACCAAGACUCUGUUUUUAUCUAUAUUUAUAGCUGUUUUUCUACUUUUCUUGCAAAAACCCAAGUGGGUUUUGCUAAAUAUAAUCUUAAUCUUUGUUUGGGCGGAGUUUUUGAGGUGGGUUUUUGUUCUUCUUCGUUUUGCGAUGCAAUCCGAUCUUUAUCACUGUCAGAUGUGAUGACUAUUUUUGUUAGUCAAUGGCUUUAUCUCUAUCUUUCUUCGCCACACUUCAUUUGACCCUACUCUUCUUAGUGUUUCUCGUAAACCCUUUAGCGAUUAAUGGUUAUUCAGACGAGGAUAUAGACUCUGAGUUCAUUCUUUUCCAUCAAGAUUAUACCCCACCGGCGCCACCACCUCCGCCGCCGCACCCGCCGUCGGUAUCAUGUGAGGAUGAUCUAGGAGGUGUUGGAUCGUUGGAUACUACUUGUAAGAUUGUAUCCAAUGUCAAUAUAACCAAGAGUGUGUAUAUAGAAGGGAAGGGGAAUUUUUAUGUCCUUCCUAAUGUUACCUUUAAGUGUACUUUCCUGGGUUGCGAAAUUGGAAUUAAUGUCACUGGGAACUUUACUUUGGGUGAGAAUUCCGUGAUUCUAGCUGGAACGUUCCAGCUGGUGGCAGAUAAUGCUACGUUUAGUAAUAGUUCUGCUGUGAAUACCACUGGUUUGGCUGGUUCAGCGCCUGCUCAGACGAGUGGGACACCACAAGGAGUGGAGGGAGCAGGUGGGGGUUAUGGUGGAAGAGGGGCUGGUUGUUUGACGGAUAAAAAGAAGAUGCCGGAGGAUGUCUGGGGCGGUGAUGCUUAUGGAUGGUCCACAUUGCAAACACCGUGGAGUUAUGGAAGUAAAGGUGGGACAACGAGUAAGACCGUGGACUAUGGUGGGGGUGGAGGUGGAAGAUUAAUGCUGUUGGUGGACAAGUUUCUAGAAGUGAAUGGCAGUUUGUUGGCUGAUGGAGGUGAUGGAGGUGUCAAAGGUGGCGGCGGCUCUGGUGGUAGCAUCCAGAUAAGAGCUUAUAAGAUGACUGGAAUUGGUAGAAUAAGUGCUUGUGGAGGUGAUGGUUUUGCUGGUGGAGGUGGUGGAAGAGUUUCUGUGGAUAUUUUUAGUAGACACGAUGAACCAGAAAUCUUUGUAUAUGGAGGAAGCAGUCGUGGUUGCGCAGAAAAUGCUGGCGCAGCCGGAACUUUCUAUGAUAAUGUCCCCCGCAGUCUUACUGUCAACAACCACAAUAGAUCAACUUCUACAGACACACUCCUGUUGGAUCUUCCCCAGCCCCUUCUGACGAAUGUUUAUAUUCGCAACCACGCUAAGGCUGCUGUCCCCUUGCUGUGGAGUCGCGUUCAGGUCCAAGGUCAAAUUAGCCUGUUGUGUCAAGGAACACUGAGCUUUGGGCUGGCACGUUACGCGAUGUCAGAGUUUGAAUUAUUGGCAGAAGAGCUAUUGAUGAGUGAUUCUGUAAUUAAGGUUUUUGGAGCGCUACGAAUGUCUGUCAAAAUGUUUCUGAUGUGGAAUUCACAAAUGGUAAUUGAUGGUGGUGGUGAUCAAAAUGUUGAGACAUCAAUGGUUGAGGCUAGUAACCUAAUUGUUCUUAAGGAGUCAUCUCAAAUUCGUUCGAAUGCAAAUCUUGGAGUUCAUGGCCAAGGGUUGCUGAAUUUGUCUGGACCAGGAGAUGCUAUUGAAGCUCAAAGACUAGUACUGUCUUUGUUUUACAGUGUCAACAUUGGGCCAGGAUCCGUUUUGCGUGGUCCUUCACGAAAUGCGACAGCAGAUGCUGUGAAACCAAAGUUGAACUGUGAUAGUCCAGGUUGUCCUUUUGAAUUGCUCCAUCCCCCUGAAGACUGCAAUGUGAACUCUUCAUUGUCCUUUACUUUACAGAUCUGUCGAGUUGAAGAUAUCCUUGUUGAAGGCCUCAUAGAAGGAUCUGUUGUUCAUUUCCACAGAGCAAGGACUAUAGAUGUGCAACCUUAUGGAAUUAUUAGCACAUCGGGAAUGGGCUGCACUGGAGGAGUAGGCCAAGGAAAAGUUCUGAGCAAUGGUCUUGGUAGUGGUGCUGGUCAUGGUGGUGAAGGCGGAUAUGGAUAUUAUAAUGGAAGCUGCAUUGGGGGUGGCAUCACAUAUGGAGAUCCCACUUUGCCAUGUGAACUCGGCAGUGGAAGUGGGAAUAGUAGCCUAGCUGGAUCAACUUCUGGUGGUGGCGCUCUUGUGAUAGGUUCAUCGGAGCAUCCCCUGAUAUCUUUGUCGGUUAAAGGCAAAGUUGUCUCUGACGGGGACAGCUUUGAAGAAAGCUUCGGGAAAUAUUAUCUAACUAGAGGUCAGUACAUAGGGCCUGGAGGUGGAUCCGGUGGAAGUAUUCUAUUAUUUUUGAAAUCACUGGAUGUUGGUGAAUCUGGCAUCAUGUCAAGCAUUGGAGGGACUAGCAGUUCCAGUGGUGGUGGAGGUGGAGGUGGUGGGCGGAUACACUUUCACUGGUCAGAAAUUCCUACUGGUGAUGUGUAUCAACCUUUAGCGACUGUGAAUGGAAGCAUCUAUACAAGGGGUGGAUCGGGUGGAGAGCAAGGUGGUAUUGGUGGAAGUGGAACUUUGUCUGGAAAGCCGUGUCCAAGAGGGCUUUAUGGGAUUUUCUGUGCGGAAUGCCCACUUGGUACUUUCAAGAAUGUCACGGGAUCUGAUAGAGCCCUUUGUAUUUCAUGCCCAAAUGAUGAACUCCCACAUCGAGCUGUUUAUAUUUCUGUUCGAGGUGGUGUUACGGAACGUCCUUGUCCUUACCAAUGUGUUUCAGAGAGAUACCAUAUGCCUCAUUGUUAUACAGCUCUUGAAGAACUAAUCUACACAUUUGGAGGGCCGUGGCUGUUUGUUUUUCUCCUUUUAGGUUUUCUCAUUUUGUUAGCCUUAGUUCUUAGUGUAGCUCGGAUGAAGUAUGUUGGUGUCGAUGAGUCACCUGGUCCUGCUCCCACACAACAGGGUUCUCAAAUUGAUCACUCAUUUCCGUUUCUGGAGUCGCUCAAUGAGGUUUUGGAAACAAAUAGGGUUGAGGAGUCACAAAGCCAUGUCUAUAGAUUGUACUUUUUGGGUCCGAAUACAUUCAGUGAACCCUGGCAUCUGUCUCAUACUCCUCCCCAGCAAAUAAAAGAAGUCGUAUAUGAGGGUGCCUUCAACACCUUUGUGGAUGAGAUUAAUACUAUUGCUGCCUACCAAUGGUGGGAAGGAGCAGUGCAUAGCAUUCUUUGUAUCCUUGUGUAUCCUCUUGCAUGGUCAUGGCAGCAAUGGCGGCGUAGAAUAAAGUUACAACGUCUUCGUGAAUUUGUUCGGUCAGAAUACGAUCAUGCUUGCUUACGUUCUUGUCGAUCACGUGCUCUUUAUGAGGGGCUGAAGGUUGCAGCAACACCUGAUCUAAUGCUAGCAUAUGUGGACUUUUUUCUUGGCGGUGAUGAGAAGCGAAGCGAUCUGCCUCCUAGUCUUCACCAGAGGUUUCCGAUGUCUCUUCUAUUUGGUGGUGAUGGAAGUUAUAUGGCUCCACUCUCUUUGAAUAAUGAUAACGUUAUUACCAGUCUGAUGAGUCAGUCCAUUCCUCCUACGACAUGGUACCGUCUUGUGGCUGGUUUGAAUGCUCAGUUGCGUUUAGUACGCCGGGGUUGCCUUAGUACAAUGUUUCGCCCAGUGCUAAGAUGGCUCGAGACUUUUGCCAAUCCUGCUUUAAGGAUUUAUGGUAUCCGCGUAGAUCUGGCGUCGUUCCAAGCAACAACCGACAGCUAUACUCAAUUUGGACUUUUGGUGUGUGUUAUCGAAGAAGAAACUGGACUACUGCCUUUUGAAGAUCUUGAUGAAGGUUCCAGAAGUGAACAACUAUCAUGUGAUAGCAGCAUAGACGGGCAGAAUCCUGCGGGUUAUCUAAGAGAUGAAUCAAUUUUAAGGGGGGAUGACAAAGGCACUGUAAAGCGGAAGUUUUACGGUGGGAUUUUAGACAUUGACAGCUUAAAGAUGCUCAAGGAGAAAAGAGAUCUGUUUUAUGUUCUCUCUUUUCUAAUCCAUAACACUAAACCAGUUGGUCAUCAGGAUCUUGUUGGUUUGGUCAUUUCGAUAUUGCUGCUGGGCGAUUUUAGUUUAGUGCUGCUUACUUUGCUCCAGCUGUAUUCGAUUUCCUUGGCAGAUGUCUUUUUGGUUUUGUUUGUUUUACCUCUUGGGAUGUUACUUCCAUUUCCUGCUGGAAUUAAUGCUCUCUUCAGUCAUGGGCAAAGGCGUUCUGCUGGUCUUGCACGUGUAUAUGCUUUGUGGAACAUUACAUCCCUGAUUAAUGUUAUUGUCGCAUUUGUCUGUGGAUAUGUCCACUAUAUCACCCAGUCAAGCCGAAAGCUUCCUUACUUCCAGCCAUGGAACAUGGAUGAAAGUGAGUGGUGGAUAUUUCCUUUUGCACUGGUUCUGUGUAAAUGUAUCCAAUUGCAGCUCGUAAAUUGGCAUGUUGCUAAUCUGGAGAUUCAAGACAGGUCGUUGUAUAGCAAUGACUUUGAACUGUUUUGGCAAUCAUAAUACUCAGCUGAGCAGAGGAAUAUAUUCCGCUAACACCCUAUCUUUUUUCUGGGUUCAUUUUGAUUUUUCUGCAUCACCCACUUUUUGCCUUUUUAUAGUCAUUUAGAUAGUGAAUUGUCACAGAUGUAGAAAGGAAUUGGGUAGAAAACAGAAGAAAGUUGAAAGAGUAGAUAGACAUACUGAGAGAGGCAUUCAUUGUGUAACACCCCCCACCUUUGGUUGUGCAGUUGUGUUUCUUCACUGUAAAUAUCCAAGAGAUCCCUCCCUCCCUCUUCUGGAAAUUCUAAUGUAAUCUUAAGGGUGAUGUUCAUUAGUUUAUUUUAUUCAAUAAGAUGUGCUUUCCUACCUUAA